ACUUCCGCCGGCGACCCCUUACCGACCCUGCCCACCCCCUGCCCGUCCUGCACACACCUUGUCAAAGGAGCAGAGCUACUCGCAGGGGUGCUUGCAGGUCUUUGUCCUGCAGCGACUGUGGGAGACGGGCGCUGGGGCGUGGGGAGCGCGGUCCAUCCCCUGGUCGUUGCGGGGGAUGUUCCCUAUCCCCAGGGCAGCCCCGGAGCCUGGGAAGAAGCCCCGUGUUGCCAGGUGUUGGCGUCCACUCAGCUUUUAGGGGUGCACGCCUGCUCCCUUAGGGGCGCCGGGGCUGCCAUGGCCCCCAGCCACCUGUCGGUGCGGGAGAUGAGGGAAGAUGAGAAGCUCCUGGUGCUGGAGAUGCUGAAGGCUGGCGUGAAGGACACGGAGAACCGAGUGGCCCUCCACGCCCUGACGCGGCCACCUGCCCUGCUCCUCCUGGCGGCGGCCAGCAGUGGCUUGCGCUUUGUCCUGGCCUCCUUCGCCCUGGCCCUCCUACUGCCCGUAUUCCUGGCUGUGGCAGCCAUGAAGCUGGGCCUUCGGGCUCGGUGGGGCUCGCUGCCUCCUCCGGGCAGCCUGGGGGGGCCCUGGGUGGCUGUGUGCGGCUCAGGUGACGUGUGCGGGGUCCUGGCCCUGGCCCUGGGCUCCAACGCUGGGGACGGGGCCCGGGUCACCCGCCUCUCCGUCUCCCGCUGGCACCGUCGCCAGGGCGUGGGCAGGCGGCUGCUGUCCUUCGCUGAGUCCCGGGUACGCACCUGGGCAGGUGGGGCAGGGGAGCCCCGAGCCCGCCUCGUGGUCCCCGUGGCUGUGGCAGCUUGGGGCGUGGCUGGGAUGUUGGAGGGCUGUGGCUACCAGGCUGAGGGGAGCUGGGGCUGCAUGGGCUACACUCUGGUGAGGGAGUUCAGCAAGGACUUGUGACUCUGAGCUGAACACCUACUGUGUGCGUGCGCACCUACUGUGUGCACGAGCACCUCCUGUAUGCAGCAGGCACAUUCACGUCUUCCCUGUGCAAAUCCCCAGCUCACCUAGGGCCAAGAAACUCAGGCCUGCAGAGGGCAAGAGACCCGGCUGCAGUCUCAGGUUCAUCUGUAAUGUGUGAACUUCUCUGAGAGAUCAGCCUGUCCCACCCCCUGCCUCAGGUUCUGUCUGCACUGAGAAAUCUCUCCUGGUCUGUGUCUUUCAAGUGGGGACGGCGGGGGUUCAAUGCAUGUGCUUGAAGGGGGUGGGUCUGGAGCCAGAGGGACGAGCAGAGCCUCCGCCAGAGACGUUUGUUUCCCAGAGAGCCCAGGGCCAGGAGGGGGCGAGCAUAAGGGCGGCCCCUCCCCGGGGGGGGGGGAAGGUGGAGGCUGAGAGGGGCAGCCAGACCCGUCUGGUUUUUUACACCCGGUUGUGAAUAAAGCCUGAAACUGCUCUGUGGCCCGGAUCCCUCUC